CUCCUCUGAGUUUGUACCUACCGCGUAGCUGUGCAGCGUGGAGGAGGGUGAGCGUGUUUGGGAGGAGGGUCCUGAGUGAAGGACAGGAUUGUGUGCUUGACUUUUUUUUCCUCCUAAAAAAAAAAAAGAAAUCCUUUUAGCAGUAGGACCCAGAGGACCUCUGAAGGAAACAUGGACUAACACACCUUUAUGGUGUGUGAGGCUGGAAAAAAAAAAAAAAGGAAAAAAAAGUUGUUCAAUACUGUAACAAAAAAGGUUGAGCUAUGGGGCAUGUCAUUGGCUGAGGAGGGUCUGGCAGGAAAUUACAAUGACUCCAGGGGUCAGGGCAGAGUUUGCUAUAUAUGUAUUGCAAUAGACAACAUCUCUACUGGCCAAACUAUCGCUCUUGCAUGGUGAACCCUCAUUAGUCAUCAGCACGGGGGACAGUAUGAGCGCUUCUGUGGCCGUGUACAGGAAUAUCUACACGGAGGACCGCUUCAAACAGUCCUACGGCUCGGAUGACAACACCGCUGGAAGUUUGCGGCUCCGGGAAAAACUCGCCGGGAGGUGCAGGUGUUCAAGGCGAGACUGCCUUCACCUGCUGAGGGAAAGAGUGCCCAUUUUCAGCUGGCUGCCCAGAUACAAGCUAAAGAAAUGGAUUUUAGGAGACACUAUAGCGGGACUGACUGUUGGUAUUCUUCACAUUCCGCAAGGCAUGGCCUUCGCUUUACUCACAUCCGUGGCCCCAAUAUUUGGCCUUUACACCUCCUUCUUCCCCGUUGUCCUGUAUAUGUUUUUCGGCACAGGUCGCCACGUGUCCACAGGUACCUUUGCUGUGGUGAGUCUGAUGACCGGCUCAGUGGUGGAGCAGCUUGUCCCGACCCCGCUGGAGAUGAACUCAAGUUCGCCUGAAGCGGCUGACUUCGAGGCCCAGCGAAUCGGCGUGGCCUCGGCCGUCGCUCUUCUCUCAGGAAUCAUCAUGCUCUGCAUGUUCGGUCUUCAGCUGGGCUUCCUCUCCACGUAUCUGUCAGAGCCGAUUGUUAAGGCUUUCACCAGCGCUGCUGCUUUCCAUGUCACCAUCUCUCAGCUGCAAAGCAUGCUGGGCCUGAGACUCCCUCGCCACACUGGGACUUUCUCCCUUUUCAAGACUUUAGCAUCAGUGAUGGAGAACCUGCCCCACACCAACAUGGCUGAGCUGCUGAUCUCUUUGGUGUGUUUGGCCGUCCUGGUCCCAGUUAAAGAGAUCAACAUGCGUUACCGGCACCGCCUGCGAACGCCUAUCCCCGUGGAGAUUCUGACGGUGAUCAUCGCAACAGGUGUGGCCUAUGCCUCCUCCCUGGACUCCGCUUACAACAUUGAAAUAGUUGGCCAUAUUCCCGCUGGGUUUCCAGCGCCACGGGUGCCUGCGCUUCACACUUUCCCUGCCAUUGCCGGAGACACAAUAGCUAUAACAUUUGUUGGCUACGCUGUUUCAGUCUCGUUGGCUAUGAUUUACGCCGAUAAACACGGAUAUUCUAUACAUCCCAACCAGGAGCUGCUCGCUCACGGCAUCUCCAACACGGUGUCCUCCUUUUUUAACUGCUUCCCCAGCUCAGCGACUCUAGCCACCACUAAUAUACUUGAGAGCGCUGGAGGAUACACGCAGCUCUCUGGCUUGUUCACCAGUCUGGUUGUGCUGAUUGUCCUGCUCCUGAUUGGUCCACUGUUCUACUUCCUGCCAAAGGCAGUCCUGGCCUGCAUCAAUGUUACCAGCCUCAGGCAGAUGUUCUUGCAGUUCCAAGACUUACCUGAGCUGUGGAGAAUCAGCAGGAUCGACACCAUGGUCUGGGUUGUAACCUGGCUGUCUGUGGUGGUACUCAACGUGGACCUUGGCCUGGCUAUCGGGGUGGUUUUCUCUAUGAUGACCGUCAUCUGCCGCACACAGAGGGCUGGCUGUUCGGUGCUUGGCCGAGCAAGCAACACAGAAAUUUACAGGCCUCUGGAGAACCACAGCAAGUGCUAUGAAGUUCCCGGAGUGAAGAUCCUCACUUACAACGGGCCCAUUUACUACGGCAACCGCAGCUUCUUCAGGGAGGAAAUGAGCAGGCUGUUGGGCCUGACGCCAGAGAAGAUCCGCAGCCGGGAAAAGGCCAGAAAAGCCCUGGAGAAACGGGAGAGAGAAGCCACCGUCAACACUGUGGAACGAGGCAUUGCAAACACAUCGUUUUCCUCAGAAAUUGACUUCUUCAAAUCAGAAACAUCCGAGAGCGACGUCCAGGACGUGCUAAUUGAUUGCAGCAGUGUGAUAUUUGUCGACGUGGCCGGAGCGAGGCUCUUCACGCAGAUGUGCACCGAGUGCCAGAAAGUUGGAGUUCAAGUGUAUUUGGCAAACUGCAAUGACAGUGUCUUAAAAAUCCUGACGUCAAGUGGUCUAAUGAACUACAUGAACCCUCAACAUAUUUUCGUCACCGUCCACGAUGCCGUGAUGUACAUCCAACAGCAGAAGGAAAAACCUCCGGAGAACACGACGACAGUUUGGGUGUGAGCCAGGAGGACAGUGAUGAAUCAUUGUCCCUUCAACCAAGUGUGUGGGACUAAAACGGCUGUGGGCGUUUAUUGUAUGUGUCUCUGAGCUGCAGCGUUUGGUCCACAUCGUACUGUAUGCCAAUGUUUUAAAGGAGCAGUAGCCUGUUGUAGCACCAUGUCAUAAAAUACAGUAACUUUUAAAGUGUUAUUACAUCAUUUUGCAGAUAUUGAACUCACUCCUGGCGCACCGCCAAUAUAGUCUUACAGUAUAUUUAAUGUAAACAAGUGUGAAAAAGUGUGAAUAACACCAAUAUGAUAAGUCUGUUACGACAGAUAUGAAUUAUUCUCAUUUUUUACCGUCAAAUACGUUAUGUGUUGCCAUUGUAAUAUUUAUUUAGUUUCUUUUUGUUAUUUGCAAUAUAAAUAAAUAUGAAGUGCACUGCGCAGUUUGUUAAAAA